AUGGUGAAAAAAGGUAAUGCUUCAAGAAAUCUUAAUGGUGGAAAUAGCCGCGGUUCCAACAACAACAGACGAAAUCAAGGCAACCGACCAAAUGGACAGCAAAACGGCCAAGGACAAAACGGAAGAAAUCAGAAAAACACACCGCAUCGAGAAAUCCAAGGAAACGAGAACAGGAAUGGGCCCGGAAACUGUAGAGGACAGGUGAAUGCUCCUCGUCAAGGAAAUCCAGAAAACGGUAGAGAUCAUUAUGGAUAUGGGAGAGAACCGAUGAACGGUGCAAAUCGGUCAGUCAUUCGAGAUGAAAACCGCCCUCUUCACAGAAACCCACUUCCACCACCUAGUCCCUUGUACGACAAUGAAUAUGACGACAUUGUUGAAGGAAUCAACCCGAUUGUGUAUCCGUAUCGUGUUCGAGGAGAGCCAACUGGUAGUCUCAACCACGAAAUGAGUCAUGUUUCUCGCCCAUCUCAGCCACACAUUUUGCCAAUCCAAUCGGUUUCCCGAUUGGAAGAUUCCAACACACAACCAGUUCGCUUUUCUCCCCGGACUCUAGUUCAGUCACCAAUGACACUCUCAACAAGUGUUCGCACCUUGUUCGACAAAGAUGUGGAGUCAUCAUCGGAGAGACUGAAUGUUAAAUCAUCGUUCCCUGACUGGAACAUCUCCGGAGAUUCAACAAGAUAUGCUCGUUCUUAUCACUUUCCAAAAGAUCCAAGAGAUAGAGUUAGCCAUCUGGAGUACGAAUCACAACUCCAAGUGCCUCGUUUCCGACGACGUUCUCCACUUCCUCUGGACUUCGAUGAGGAUUCACCAGCAUCGAGCGGAACCUUCGAUCGCCAGAACAACAUGUCAAUUGUUGCGUUUUCACGAAUGGAAGAAUCGAAACUACCAGUCCGAGAUGAAUAUCAUGCAUCUCGCCGGAAUUCAAUUCAGCCACGAAAUCGAAACGGUGGAGUCAAUCACUUGGAAAGCGAAGCCCAACUCCAAGCAAUUUGCUACCGAGCACGCUCUCCACCUCCUCUACAAUUCAAUGAGGACCAGCCGUCAUCAAGUGAAAACAUCACUCGCCACGCCAACUUCUCCCGUGAAGACUCAACAAGAUAUAGUCAUCCUCAUCACAUCGCAAUUGAGAAAAAAGAUGGAGCCAAACAUCUGAAAAACGAUUCCCAACUCCCAACACCACGUUUUCGACCACGCUCUCCACCUGCUCUGCAAUUCAAUGAAGAUCAAGGAACUUCAAGCGGAAUUGUUGAUCGCCACACCCACUCCAGUGGAAAUCCAGUCCCCAAGAUCCAAUCUGACUUCUCAAGAUUGUCGUUGGAAAAAGCUGAAAGCCAGGGAAAUCGUCGUCGCCACCCAUUCGUGGUUACUUUCAAAGGUUCUGUCGCACCGGAGUUUUUUGAAAAACACACAAGUUCAUUGUGUAGUGUUACGAUUUCGGUGACUGGAUGCAAAACCGGACGGUUUGCGGCCUUUCCGACCGACACCAUCACUGAAUUCAAUGAAAUGAAUGAAAGGAUACAGGAAGCGAUGGAGUAUCUAAAAGCCAUCCCACCAAAAAUUUCAGGUGAAUUGUGGCAGCCGGGAGUCGGCUGCAUUGUACGCUGUUCACAAAACGGGUGGUCUCGCGGAAUGGUAGUCGAGAGAAAACCAGAUCAAGAAUUCUUGGUCUACAAAAUGGACCUCGCGGUGUUCAGAAAAGUGCCGCUGAGCGAUAUCUGGCCGUUGCUGCCAGAAUUCAAUAAUAUAGCUGCAUUUGCAGCCAACUGCUGUAGUAUGGAGAGUGAUACUGAAAAGUUUAUUGACGGCAAGGAGCUAAUCGAAAAAUGGGGACAGUCAAAAGUAUUUUUGAAGUUCUCAGACAAAAAGAUGAGAAAUAACAUCAUUCCACGCUACAGAGUGGAAGUUUUCAUCGAGACUGAAAGUGGUCAAAUAGAAAGUCUCCAACGACUCAGUGGACAAAGAAAGGUCGAAUAA